AUUAUUCAUCAUAUAAAUUCUUUAUUGCCCUUUGAUAUUGCUGUUAAAAAUAUUCUCCCUGUGAUCAAUAAUGCACAUGCACGUUUUGAUGCAAGAAAUCGCAGUUAUGAAUAUAUCAUUCACCAACAUAAAAAUCCUUUAUUAUUCCAGCGCUCCUAUUAUUUUCCUUAUCUUAUUGAUUGGGAUAUCUUACAGAAAACAGCAAGGUAUAUUUUAGCACAAACAGAAUUUAUAGGAUUUUCUAAAUUACAUACACAGGUCAACAAUUUUCAUUGUCAAAUAUUAAAAAGCCAAUGGUCUUAUGAUAAAGAACAACAAGUAUUCAAAUAUGACAUUGUUGCUAAUCGUUUUUUGCGAGGUAUGGUGAAAGCCUUGGUUGCUACACAAUUGGAAGUAGCCUCGCACAAAUUAUCCAUGCAAGCAUUAGAAGCAUUAUUUCAAAAUCCACUGCCUGCAAAAGGCAAGUUUAAUGCCCCUUCCUAUGGUUUAUAUUUGACAAAUAUUACUUAUCCAAAAGAGAUUUUUACUUCUAUGGCAUAA